AUGGUGUCAGUUGAUGGUCACAGUCCUCCGCACUUGCAGGAGUCAGCAUCUCUGGAUCAGGACAGACUACGAAGGCCUGAGUAUUAUGCACUCCCGGCCAAAAACAUGAGCAUGGCGUCACCUGAACCCCUCAUGGACCUCAAUGGGGUGCCGUCAAUGUUAGAGAAGGCCCUCUGCUUUCUGGAGACAAGAGGCGCGGUGGCGGAGGGAAUCCUGAGGAAGUCGGCAGAUGUUGAGCAAGUGGAGUACAGGCUAUCCACAUAUUAUCAAGGGAAAGAUGAAUUUGGCGAGCGUGAAAACCCCCAUGUGGUGGCGGACUGCAUGAAACACCAGCUGCGGCGGAUGGCCUUCUCGCCCGUGCCUGAAGAGUGCUGCACUGCGCUGCUCCAAGCCUACUGUAAGGUUUUACAGAAGUCACCCACUUCAGCUUUCUGUAUCUGGAUCCUGCACACCCUGCACGUGGUGUCGUGCCACGUGGCGGCCAACAGCAUGUCCACGGACGCCGUCGCGCGGUGCAUGGCGCCUCUCUUACUGCGGCCGCUGUUCCUGGGGGAGAUCUUCCCGGGCGCGAACGAGAGCGGCUCCUUUUCCGGCAGCCGCCACGGCAGCAGCGGCUCCUUUUCCGGCAGCCGGCACGGCAGGAGCGGCUCGUUUUCCGGCAGCCGUCACGGCGAGGGCAGCGGCUCAUUUUCCGGCAGCCGGCACGGGGAGAACAACAUCGUGAGCGCCAUGAGCGCGGCCAGCUCGGCGGUGGACCUGACGGUGGCGCUGAUAAACGCGCACGACACCGUUUUCGAGUCGGUCCAGCUGUCCCCGUUCGAGCAGCAGCUGGUGCAGAAGACGUGGAAGCUUCUGCAACCCCGGUUAGCGGAUCUGGGGCAAGCCGUCUUCACACAUCUGUUCCAGAAGGCGCCCAAAACCCGCCCGCUGUACACGUGUCCGCUCCGGCUGGCGGACGGCGACCGCCGGACGCCGGACGGGCACGCCAUCCCGACGCACGCGGUCGAGAUCGUGUCCACCAUCGGCCUGGCGGCGUGCCGCAUCGGCAGCUCCUCUCGGAUCCUGGCCGUCCUCGAGAGGCUGGGCCAGCGCCACGUGGCGUACGGAGCUGCUCCGGACAUGUUCAGCGUCUUCAAGGAGGCGUUCCUCGUCGCCUUGAAGAAAACUCUAGGGGGAGAGCACUUCACGGCGCAAGUCCACAAGGCUUGGUCCAAAGCCCUAGACUCCGUUGUUGCCCACUUGAAGAAGGGCCUUAAAAGGGGCAUCGCCAGCACGAGGGCUAGUUCUUGA